CUUUAUGUUAAUUACCCUCAAUGGGGGUUCCUUCAAUAAUUUGAUUCCAAUUGCAAGGAUUUGAAGGUUGGUUCACGUUGUUCUCUAGGGUUUGCCCAAGUUCGUUCACAUGUUAGCGCGUGCUGCAUCAAACCUGCAUCGAACCAUGCUGUCGCUGCCAUCCACCACCAUAUGUUUGAUGGCUUAAACUUGAAAAUCGAAAUCAACAAGAAAUCCAUACCAAUAGCCUGCCUAUCUAGCAUCACUAAACAGAACGUCAUAAGAAUCAAAUCAAUCGCGUGUGAAGGAAGAUACAUUUGUUUUGUUUUUGUCAUUCAAGAAGAGUGGUUCGUUCCAUCGUAUUCGUCUUUGCCCGUUGGCUGCUAGCUGCUAUGCUAUAAUGUUCGUAUGUGUAUGUGCAAGUGAUUUAAGAAUUUUAGCAACAAGCCAAAACAAAGUGUGAAGAAAAUUUACUAUUGUUGUUGUUUUUCUUGUGAUUACAUAUUACAUUUCCACCACUUGUCGUCGCUUAGUGUGUGGUGGUGUGCGCGUGGUGCUCUGUCGUACGUGAGUGAUGAGCUUUGCCGUUAACACAUUAAAGCUAAAGAUAAGCCCAACCUUAUAAAUCACCAACACCCCCUUUUGUUACCAAAGAAGUUAAGCUAAAAAAAGUGUCAAUCACUUAAGUGUAUACGUGUAAGUGAGCUAGUAGUUUGUAAGCUCAUUAAUAGUCAAAUAGGGAAAGGUAAACAAAAAAGGCUAAACAGAUUUCCUUCUCAUCACCUAAGAUUGACAAGUGUAACACGCAUACAAACAGCUGCCUAUUGUUUUUGAGAUUGAAAGAGGCAGUGACAGAAAGAGAGAUUGAGAGAGAGAGAGAAAAACCAAAAUAGAGUGCUUUGUAAAUUUAUCUCUCUCUGCUAUAGUUACGUGCUCGAGUGUGUGUGUGUGUGGUGUAACCAAACAAUAACAGUCAUUUAAAUGUCAUCAAUAUGGAUACAGCAACUACAACAACAACAACAACUGAAGCAGCAGCAACAUCAGCAGCAGCAGCAGCUGCUGCUGCAAAUACCCAUACAACAGCAGCUACAUCGUCAAAUUUACAGCAAUUAUGCCGCAUUUGCAUCUCAUCGAAUGUUAAUUGCAGCACACAAAUGAUUUCGUUAUUUGGCGAAGAUACAUUAUGGCGAAAAAUUACAACAUUGGCUGAUGUUCAGAUUGAACCCGGCGAUACCCUGCCCCAACAAGUCUGUGUUACGUGUGCCAAAAAUACCAUAUCCGCUUGUCUAUUCAAAAAGAAAUGUGAAGAUGCGGACAAUUUUUUCCGACAACAGUUGUUUCUGAAUAAAAUUGAAAGCAGAAGGAACAAUGCUCAGGAUAAUCGCGAAUCAGAUCACGAGGAGAUUUUACCCAAUGGCCAAAAUCACAGAACGGAUGAGGACGAUGAUGGUGAUGAUGAUGAGCCCAGCGAGCAAAGUUAUAAACGAUAUCAAAGACACAUAAAUGGUGGCAAUGAUGCUGCCGAAGCUGAAGAUUAUCCACAAGAUGGUCAUAUGCUUGAAGAUGAUCAGGCUGAAGAAGAUAUGUCGCACCUGGACAGCAAUGGCUUCAAAGUGGCCAGUAAUGGUCAGAAACAACCGGCCUUUGAUUUUAACUCGAUUCGACUGAUGCAUGAAUACAUGCAGCAACAAUUGAGCAAAUUCAAUGGCUUGCAAAAUCAUCAUUCUGCUGCAGCGGGCAGUGAUGAUGAGGGAGCGGGGGAUGUUGCUGGCAGUGGCACAGAUUCGGAUCAAGAUGAUGAGGAACAUUUGCCAUUGAUACCUGAAAUUGAACUCAUAACCCCCAGCGAUGAAGGUGGAGUGGCAUCAAAUGGAGCAAUGGCUGCCGAUGGUUCUGGUGAGGCCAGCUUAGCUGGCGCAGCUGGCAUGACUCAAAUGCGUGGAUAUCAGUGUCCCCAUUGUUUCCAGAUAUUCGAAAUGAGACAAGUGCUCAAGGCGCACAUGCAAAGCGUGCAUGGCACAGCGGGACCUGUGUACGAGUGCACGAAUUGCAAGAAAACCUAUUUUUACAAACGUUUUCUGGAAAAACAUAUUCGGCGGGGUCGUUGCGUUAAGAAGAGACGCAAUCAAACACGCCCCAUGCAAUGUUCCGAUUGUAAUGUCUUAUUUCCCACGGGCCAUCAUUUGGGUUGGCACAAACGCACCGGCUGCCCUUCGAAAACAGCUAAAAUGCCUUUGCAACAACUCUUCAAACAGAAUAUAGUGCAAUACAAUAACUUCCCCAGGCGUGUUGGAAUGCGAAAACCGGAAAAUGCCUUAUAUCUACAUAACCGCAAACUCAUGAUGGCCAAUAACAAACGCAAAGGACGAACCCGCAUUAAAUUAGAUGCCCGCAAGAUAGCCUUGGCCAAGCAAUUGAUAUUGCGUGAGGCCACCACCACGGUCAUAGCCAACGAGUUGAAUAUUUCACGCACAUUUGCUUGGCGUCUGCGCAAAAGUCUGGUCAACGGUGUUAGUUUACAUGAGCGUGUCAUCGAUCCACCCGAAGAAGAGGAGGACAACAAUGGUUAUGAUAACGGCCCCGUGGUAGCAGUCGAGGAAAAUGCAGGCGAAGCCAGCGAAGGCUUGCAUCAACCUGAAAAUCUCUUGAAUCAUCACCCGUUCACCGAACAUAUUAAAAGUGAAAAUGCCGAUAGCGAGGAUGAGGGUGAAACCAAUCAGGGGGACUUUGAUGAUCAUGAUAUGGAAUUGGUGCGGCAACAGCAGCAACUUUUGCAACAAGAACAACAACAUCUGCAAGUGCUGCAGGAACAACAGCAGGCUAUGCAGGCGCUGAGGGAGCCCAAUGGCAGUGGCAACAAAGUAGCAGUUGCCACAUCGGUGAUUCAGAGAGCUACAGCUAAAACAGCAAACGAACAAAAUGUGACGCAACACAAGCAACAGCAACAGUUGCAUCUGCAGCAACAACAGGCCAUAGAACAAAAGUUUCACAAUACAAUAUCUGUAGUACAACAACAAAGACUUAUGGAAUUAAAUCCUAACAAAGAAUAUACUCAACGGGCCCGUCACCAAAUCGCUGCACUGCUCAACGAUGCAGAUGCCGACGACGACGAAGAUGGAACGGAGAGUAAAGAAGAUAGUGAACUGCAUCAUGAGGAGCCCCACUAUCUUCGCCAGCAACAAGAGACUGAAUGUGGUGUUAAUAGUCAAGAACAACAGCAGCAGCAGCAAGAACAAAAAUAUCUAAAAAAGAAUUUGAAUACCCUCAACAACUCAGACUCACUGGGUAGUGUUGGAUCGAAUAGCAAAAUAUCCUUGAUAUCCCAGCUAUCGCCAGCAGUGGCUGCAGCCAUCCAUCAACUACCGGUGAAUCUUUCCAUUCGGCCAAUAGCCUCAUUGCAAAAUAAUGAUUCCACCUCUAAUGAAGCACCCAGUGCUAGCACAAAAAAGAAACCUCGCAAACCGAAUGUCUUCAUCGAUGAUGAGAAAUAUGCCAUGGCCAAAAUGUUGGUGGCGCAAAAUGCCUCAACCAUGGAAAUAGCAAAAGCCUUAAAUGUCUCACAAAUGACUGCCUGGAAACUAAGGGAUGCCAUUAUCAAGGGGGUGCCUUUGUCCUAUCGCAAUCGACGCGAUAUGCGUAUGACCAUGACCAAGCAACAGGAGGAUGAGGCCACCGCUGUUAUGAGCGAGGGCAGCGAGAGUGGCAGUCGCCGUGAGACCGAUCACGAGAGACAGCAACAAGCGCUUCUAGUUAAACAACAAUUGGAACAUCAACAGAAACUGCAACAACAGCAUUUGCAACAGCAACAGCAAAUACAACAACUAUUGCAAAGGCAACAACAGCUGCAGCAACAGCAGCAGCAAUUGGAACAACAAAAGCAACAAAGACUACAACAGCAACAACUGGAAGAAGAACAAAAGAGGCAACAGCAAUUGUUGCUGCAGCAACAACAGCAACAUCAUAGACAAAAGCAGCCACAUGAACAAAAACCCUCAAAUCCUCGGCGCCGUCUCAAGGCCGCUGAACGCGAGGUACGCGACAAAGAAAUAACGCGAGAAAUCCUAGAACUCAUCAAGGAGGACAGUAACAUACAGUACUGGAAGGUAUCGGCACGCCUUGCAGAAAAGGGCUAUGCCAUUUCGCCAUCAUCGGUGUGUCAAAAACUAAAAUCCAUGGGCAUACACAGGCGCUGGAAGCCGGGUGAUAAGCCCCCACUGAUUGACAUGGAGCACCUUAAGGCGGCCACUGCCAGCUCUAAUGCGGCAGUCAAUAACAGCAUAGCGGUGGCCACAUUGGCAGCAGCUGCUGCAAAUGCACAAAAUGCCUCCUCAUCGGCCGAUGAGAGCUAUGAACCACAAUUCGAUAUGGGGGGAGCUCAUUUUCUUAGUGCCUUUACACGUUAAGAGAUAUGCAUAUAAAGUUGAGGGAAAACUACACAAAAGGUGAACAAAAAAAAAACAAAUCAGAAAAUUAUUAUUAGCAUGGUAUUGAUUAGAUGAACAAAAAUAAUGCAACACUUGUAGGGAACUUUUAGAAAUAGCCACAAUAGCCUACAAAAACAAAUGACUAUUUAGUUCUAGCAAGCAUACAAACAAAAAACUCUCACACACACACACACACACACAGCCACAAUAGCCUACAAAAACAGAUGACUAAUUAGUUAUAGCAAGCAUGCAAACAAAAAACUUACACACACACACACACACACAUUUAUUGCAUAUUCCAUAGUUUUCCAUAGCAGCUGUUUGUUAUUGCUUUUGAAAUCUGCCAGCUUUUAGUUUAAAUACAAAAAUCUGUUCCAAAAGUUAUUGCUUAAAUAUAAGAAAUCGAAAUCUGCGUAGGCAUCACCACACAUUAGAAUCAAUGCUUUGGGAACUUUACUCGGUUCGCCCCGGCAGCCGAGCUGGUAGCGUGCUCGGAUUGCCAGAGAGGAGUCUUUGGUUCGAUUCCCGCCAGAGGCCUUGGUCUGUCGCUACUAUGGUAUUGGACUUAAAAUUAUCUAAGUGAGUCUGUCAAAGGACUGUCACUCUUACCUAACCUGCUCGGGUUCAUCAAGUUCUUUGUACCAUGUCUUCCCAUGGUAAAAAAGCUACAAGAGCAUAUAUGAAAGCUAUAAAAAAGUUUACUUGAAAAUGUCUAUCAUUGGAAUGUUUUUGGUUUUCUUUGGAGCCAUACUGAUGCAAAUGCAAAUUUGCCCAUGAACAUUCCAUUAAGGAACAGGGGCAAACUUCUCACAUAGCAAUGAAUGCUGUCCGAUUCAAGUUUAAGCUUAAUAGUAAGGGGCCUCCUUUUCAUAGCCGGGUGCGAGGUGCAAUUCCAUGUCUGGUCAUUUAGAAAUUUUCCCCCAAAGAGGUGUCGCACUGCAGGACGCCGUCCGAACUCCGCUAUAAAAAAAGGUCCCUUAUCAUUGAGUUUAAACCUGAAUCGGAAAGCACUCAUUGAUGUGUGAGAAGAUUGCACCUGCUCGGUUCCUGGUGUUUUUAAAAAUUAGUGUAAGGAGAAGUGCUUUUUAGGGGAGGGAUGGCACCUCAAACAUUUCGACUCAAAUAUGGAUAUCAAAUUCGUGCUGCACUUCCAAAUCGCUUUAAUUUGAGCCCCAUAUUGCCAUGGCCGGUAAUUAUGAACCGUUUGGAGGGUGUUUUGGCGCAGGGGCUGCCACCUGAAAAUAGAUAUCAAAUUCGUUCUUUAUUCCCUACGGAAAUAAAGGUCAGUAUAGGGGGUGCUUUAGGGCGUACCCCAAAACACUUGGCUCCAAAAUUGGAUAUUAAAUUCGUUUUCUACUCUCAAAUACCUUUUAUUUGAGUCAUAAUGGGUCAAAUAACCCAUUUGACAUAUAUUUAGGAGGAAAAGCGCCACAUUGAAUUGAACGCAAAUUUAAUGUUAUAUUCUUAAUCUCUCCCUCCCAAUCGGCUGAUAUGGCCAUUUGGGGGUGGGCGACCUCCCAUUACUUGGACCUAAUGUUUUAUGCCAUAUUUGUAAUCCUACUGCCUAAUACUUUUCAUAUUGACAUGAACCUUGAUCAAAUCUGUUUAGAGGAGUUUUGGGGUUGUGGAGGGGGGUUACCGUGGGUACUUGGACCCAAAUUUUAAUACCAUAUUCGUUUUCUGGUCUUCAAUAUCUACCCUUAUUGUGCCCAUCGGACCACUUUCGGAUAUGAGUGGCGGUUUUGGGGUUAGGGGGAGGGUCCGCCUCCCCCAAAUAUGUUUCCUUCCAGACAAAAAUUUGCAAAUUUUGCCCAUGAACAUUCCACUAAGGAACAGGGGCAAACUUCUCACAUAUCAAUGAGUGCAGUCCGAUUCAAGUUUAAGCUCAAUGUAAGGGGCCUCCUUUUUAAAGCUGAGUCCGAACGGCGUGCCGCAGUGCGACACCUCUUUGUAGAGAAGUUUUACAUGGCAUAGUACCUCACAAAUGUUGCCAGCAUUAGGAGGGGAAAACCACCGCUGAAAAUAUUUUCUAAUGGUCUCGCCAGGAUUCGAACCCAGGCGUUCAGCGUCAUAGGCAGACAUUCUAAGCUCUGCGCUACGGUGGCCUCCUUCCUUCCAGACAAACACACACAAUAUAUAAAAAUUUUAAGAAAAUCGAUUUAGCCAAGUAUCAUAUAGUCACAAUGGGUCUAAUGGCGUUUUUGAGGAUUGGAGUGACCCCCCUAUACUUCGAUUUGAUUUUGUAUGCCAGAUUCAAAAUCUACUCCCUAAUACCUUUCAUUUGAGCCCCAUAUUGAAAUGAACGUCUAAUAUGUCUGGGGUUGGGGCGGCUCGAUGGGUACUUAGACUCAAAUUUUAAUACCUUAUUCGUAUUCUACUCUCCAAUACCUUUCAUUUGAUACCUAUAUUGUCCCGAUCGGUCGGUCCACUUUUGAUUUCGGGUUGUGUUUUUGGCAUAAGGGGGAGGGUCCGUCAUCCUUCCGAUACC